GAUAAAUAUUGUUCGUGGCGCUCAAUUUCGAAACACAGACAAAACACGACGUCGUUUUCAUUCCCUUACCAGAACCAUCUAUGGAUGCAGGUUCCAUAUCUCCCCCGCUUUUAUACUUCAAUGCCGUCUCCUUAGACCACCACAACAAGCCUUGUCAAUAAGAAUCAUAAGAUGUUAUCCCUUCGCGUUCCUCCUACAUCCUUCCAUUUCCGACUGUUUCACGCCGGAGCUCUAGAGCGGCGAUGGAGGCUAGGUAGAGACUGUCUCCGUUCCUUCUCGCAUCCUAGAGGAACCAGAUCACUCGGAGUCAAAUCUGCCAAACAGGAGAUGGCGCCGUUUACAGCGGCGGAGGAAGAAGCUCUGCCGGAGGGACUCCAUCCGGAGCUCAUGCCGAAGCACGUGGCGGUUAUAAUGGAUGGAAACGGGAGAUGGGCGAAGAACAAAGGUCUUCAACCUUGGGACGGUCACAGAGCCGGCGUUGAAGCUUUGAGAGAGAUCGUUGAGCUUUGCGGCAAAUGGGGAAUUCAAGUCCUCACAGUCUUCGCCUUCUCUACCGAUAACUGGAUUAGACCAAAGAUAGAGAUUGAUUUCUUGUUGAAUUUGUUCGAGAGAACGCUCAAAUCAGAGCUUGAGACCUUAGCCAAGAACAAUGUUCGGAUAUCGAUAAUUGGAGAUUCAUCAAAACUUCCAAAAUCUCUUCUUAAGGUGAUAAACGAAGUUGAGGAAGUUACAAAGAACAACACGAGGCUUCAGCUAAUCGUGGCCGUUGGUUACAGCGGGAAAUACGAUGUUCUACAAGCCUGUAGAGGCAUUGCGCAGAGGGUGAAAGAUGGCGAGAUAGAAGUUGAGGAGAUAGACGAAAAACUCAUCGAGCAAGAACUGGAGACUAACUGUACUGAGUUUCCUUAUCCAGAUUUGCUGAUAAGAACGAGUGGUGAGCUAAGAGUGAGUAACUUCUUGUUGUGGCAAUUGGCUUAUACUGAGCUCUUCUUUGCUCAAGAACUCUGGCCUGAUUUUGGGAGAAGCGGUUUUAUCGAAGCCUUGAUGUCGUUUCAGCAGAGACAGCGACGCUUUGGUGGUCGAAAAUCUUGAGUUUAUAUUUGUAACGAACAAAUUAGUGUAACAAAAACUGUAUAUGAUGUAUUAAUAAAUGGACAUAUUACACCUUAA